AUAGCAGUAGUUACAAUAUAGCUACGUAGAAGUCCUUUGUUGCAACCCGAUGUUGGAAACCACAAAUUGUUUAUCAACAGACCGAAUUUCUUCUACAGUCAGUGUUUCCUGUGGAUAAGUGUCCGAUCGAGUUUGGACGUUCCAAAGAGUGCCAACAUGAACAGAAUGAAGUACUUCAUCCUACUGGCUGCCCUGAUCUCAGCCUGCGAAUCUGGCUGCCCCUCCAUGUGCAACUGCACCGAUUCCGCUGUUCUCUGCAUGGAAACGGACCUGGAAAGCGUCCCCAGCUUCGAGAGUUUGAUAAACGACCCCCUUAUAAUAGACCUCUCUGGCAACAAGAUCAAUAUGAUUGAUAACGACGAUUUCAGUUUCGAUAAAAGUGACAGGGUUAAGGAGGUGUACUUGAACAACACGGAACUAUUAGACCUGGACAGCGAGGCUUUUGAGGAGAUGGAGAACCUGCAGGAAUUGUAUUUGGGGGACAAUUUGCUGAAUAGUAUCCCCGAGAACUUAAUAGAGGACCUUCCGAAUAUGAUUUUGUUGGAUAUUUCCAACAACCACUUCUCCGGGGACAUGCCGAAGAUUAUAUCCAAGAGUUUGGAGGUACUGGCAGUAGCAAACUCAAAGGUGACGUCUCUUCCAGUUGACUCUCUCAAGUAUUUACCCAAUUUGAAGAUGCUGCUGUUACAACAGAACAAUAUAAAGUCUAUAGACCCAGCAGUAUUUGAAAACGUCAAUAAAAACUCUUUCUUCGUACGAUUAUCUUACAACAUUUGGGACUGCAGUUGUGAGAACAUCCAGCUAUUCGAGUACCUUGCCGGAAGAAAGUUUAUUGACACAGCAGAUCCUUACCAGUGUUUAACAACUGAAGGAACGUUCGUGAACAUUUACCAAAACGGAAAUAUUGAACACCUCAAAACCAGAUGCGUGAAUAAAAACCCCGUCACCAAAGACUUGUCAGCGUUCAAGGAAAACCGUUUUAUCAUUGAAGCGGAGGAGCAACUAAAGGAAGAGGAAAAAGAAGACAGCUUAGACGUUAAGGAUGCGGACAAACCUUACUCCCUAGUAAAAGAACAAAAUGAGACUUUGUUGGACGAACCGAAUUCACCGUUCAAUAUUGAAGAUAACGAAAUUUUGGAUAAUUAUACGAACGACGAGGAAUAUGCUGAUAUUUUGGAAAGAGAAGUUGACAACACCGAAGAAAAAGUGGUGGAACCUAAAGAUUACGAAGAGUCUGAGCAGGCCAAGAUGAAUUUUGAUGUAAAUGUUGGUUCCUUCAUUGCAAUAUUUGGUAGUUUUAUUAUUGGAGUCGUGUUCGGAUUCUGCUUGAAUCAGUUUGCCACGAUGCUUCGUUCAAGAAGUUUGGAGACUUCUGAUAGUAGAACCAAGUUGAUAUUGCCAUGAAAUACAACACAACAAAUGUAUUUAUAAAAUACGAACAAAACAAGUGUAGAUCAGUAGAGAAAGUAGGUAGUAUUUUUGCAUAUUGUAAAUAGAAUUACUACUAUUUAACUUGAAUGAAGAAACUAUAUUGACCAAAUAGUGCCCUAUAAUUGUAAGCUUCGAUUUUUAUAUUACUUUAUAUUAGUAGAUAUUUAUUUAAAAAAUAAAAGAAUUCUCAAAAUUUAAAUAAAUCUAGCCUUUUGGUUUUUGCUUCUAAUUUAAGUAUUGUGUUUUAUUUCCAUUUAUAAAUUAUUAGAAUAUGGAAUAAAUUUGAUAGGAUCCGAAAACUAAAAAACUGAGUAAACAAUCUACCAUAUUUAUCCAUCCUGUAAGACUAACAUUUACAACUUUACAACUGAAUGAAUUUUCAAUAAACGUGUCUCAUUGAGCAUUAAUUAUUCUUUGUUUAUUGAUGUUUUUAUUUAUUACUGUUGUAAGUAUUUAUUAUUACUGUAAAUAUUUCAUUUAAUGUAGCAAUUCGUGGCUUUAUAUAAGUACUUUGUAUGUACCUGUAUGUCAAUUUGAAAUAUUAUUCUCUUUCUUGAUUAUUAUAUGACUCUUGAAUACAUAUUGUACAUAUUCACUGUCGUAUACAUUCUUUAAAAUAAACUUAACCUACGGACUGUG